GAGCCAGAGAGAUGGAGUGCACAGGAUGCGAAAACGGUGCGUUCAAGAUACGCCACCCACCAACCCAAAUACCCAGCCUCUCCGCUAUCAAUUUCUUGAGGCUGUAAUAUCACUCCGUCUCUUCUUUGCAGGAUAGUCGGAGUACGGAAAGCAGUGAGUAAAAGAGAGAAAUGAGGCCACAGAUCGUGUUAUUUGGAGAUUCGAUAACAGAGCAGUCCUUUAGAUCAGGUAGUUGGGGUGCUUCUCUUGCUGACACUUACUCCCGCAAGGCCGAUGUGUUGGUUCGUGGCUACGGUGGUUACAACACUCGAUGGGCUCUGUUCUUGCUGCAUCACCUUUUUCCUAUUGACUCCACAAAACCUCCAGUUGCUGUCACAAUAUUCUUUGGGGCUAACGAUGCAGCUUUAAAAGGGAGAACUAGUGAUAGGCAACAUGUUCCUGUGGAGGAAUACAAGGAGAAUCUAAGGAAAAUUGUUCAGCAUUUGAAGGAGUGCUCGCCCACCAUAUUAAUUGUGCUUAUUACUCCACCACCUAUUGAUGAAGAAGGGCGCAAACAGUAUGCCAAAUCUGUUUAUGGUGACAAAGCUAUGGAACUGCCAGAAAGGACAAAUGAAAUGGCUGGAGUUUAUGCAAGGCAAUGUGUUGAGUUAGCAAAGGACUUGGGAAUUUGCUCCAUUGAUAUAUGGUACAAGAUGCAGGAAACAGAGGGUUGGCAGAAAAAAUUUCUGAGUGAUGGCUUGCACUUGACACCAGAAGGUAAUGCGGUAGUCUAUCAAGAGGUUGUAAGAGUGUUCAAUGAUGCACAGCUCUCUGCUGAAGAAAUGCCGUAUGAUUUCCCUCACCACUCAAAAAUUGAUGGAAAGAACCCUGAAAAAGCUUUCAAGCAACAAUGCGUAUAGCACUGCAAUGUUGUCAUUUUUAUUCUUUAAUAAUGAAUCCAUUGGAUCAAACCAAGAAGUAUAGGCGUGCCUGCCAUCCACACCAGAAUAAAUGGAGUUUUCUAAAAAAACCUACUAGUUGAGGAAGACCUGCCAAGGAUAAGAGACAUAGGGCUAAAGAGAGCCAAAAAAGGAUCUGUCGUGUAUAAUUAUCCUGCAUAAUCUCGAAUGUUAUAAGUUCUAGUGCAUAGAACAAAUGAUAUAAGGCAAAGCAAAAGUUUCUGGAUUCAUGGAGAUAUAGAAGAGCAUAAGAGUUAUCAUGCUUGCAUAUGUAGUAUCUUGAUUUUUUUUCCCCUGAUUAUUUGAAUAUUGCUGCUUCACUGAUUGUUCUACAGAAAGCAUUUGGUCUUUCUGCUGUUGUGUAAGGAUAAACUUUUUCUAUCAGUAUUGAAAUUGAAGCCACCAUUUCCUUUUUCCCUUA